AUGAAGUCGUCGUUCAAGUUUUCCAACUUGUGCGGCACCGUCUACCAAGGUGGCAAUGUCGUCUUCUCCGCAGAUGGCGAUUCAAUUUACUCGCCCGUAGGUAACCGCCUAUCCAUCUUCAACCUCGUACGCAACACAUCGACGACACUGCCCUUCGAGACGAGGAAGCCCAUCGCCAGGAUCGCUCUUUCGCCCGCCAACCAGGCCAUCGUGCUCGUAGCCGACGAAGAUGGGCGUGCCCUUUUGAUCAACACGCUCCGAAGGUCGUUGCUGGCACAGAUGAACUUCAAGCAGCCUCUUCGCGAUGCUCAGUUCUCCAAUGAUGGCAAGUUUCUUGCGGUCACAUACGGCAACCAAAUUAAGGUCUGGAAGACGCCCUCGCACCUUGCGCGCGAAUUUGCACCCUUCAUCCUCCACCGCACUUACACGGGGCACUUUGACGAUGUGCUCAGCAUCCGUUGGACCAAGAACAGCAGAUUCUUCCUCACUACCUCCAAGGACAUGACGGCCCGCUUGUACUCGUUGGACCAGAUCGAAGGUUUCCGUCCCAAGACGUUCACGGGUCACCGUGACGCCGUCAUCGGCGCCUACUUUUCGAAAGACGAAAAGACCAUCUAUACUGUCUCUCGCGACGGGGCGUGCUUCGCAUGGCAGGGCAAGCACAGCGAUGAAAACGACGAGGAUACCGACAUGCGCGAAGAUGACGAAGACACGUGGCAGCCCACUGAAGGCGUCAAGGGCGGCAGCUCGUCUAAGCAGGCUGACAACGCCGUCGGACUCACUCGUUGGGGCGUGGCCAGCAAGCACUAUUUCAUGCAAACUGGCGCCAAGACGGUCUGUGCCAGCUUCCACCAACAAGGUUCGCUCCUCGUCGUUGGCUUCUCCAAUGGCAUUUUUGGUCUGUGGGAGAUGCCCGACUUCAAUCCAAUCCACACCCUCAGCAUCAGCCAGGAAAAGAUCACGAGCGUCGCCAUCAACGCUAGCGGCGAGUGGCUUGCCUUUGGCGCACACCGUCUCGGUCAGCUGCUCGUGUGGGAGUGGGCCAGCGAGUCGUACAUCCUCAAGCAGCAAGGGCACUAUUACGACAUGAACACGGUCGGCUUCGCCUCGGACGGCGCCGUCGCAGCCACGGGAGGCGACGAUGGCAAGAUCAAGCUUUGGAACACCGCGAGCGGCUUCUGCACCGCCACGUUUUCCGAGCACUCGGCGUCGGUCUCUUGCAUCGAAUUUGCCAAACAAGGUCAGGUGCUGUUCAGCGCCAGCUUGGACGGCACCGUGCGAGCAUACGACCUGGUACGAUACCGCAACUUCCGCACGUUGACGAGUCCUGAGCCCGUGCAGUUUGUCAGUCUUGCCGUCGACCCCUCAGGCGAAGUGGUGUGCGCGGGCAGUGCCGACACAUUUGAGAUCUACAUGUGGAGCGUGCAGACGGGAAAGCUGCUCGAUAUUCUCUCGGGUCAUGAAGGGCCUGUUUCCGGCCUGUCGUUCAGCCCGGAUGGCAGCGGCGUACUUGCCAGUGUCAGCUGGGACAAGACCGUGCGCACGUGGGAGGUGUUCCGAACCACGCAGUGUGUCGAGACGUUCACACUGAAUGCGGACGGCUUGGCGGUAGGCUUCCGACCGGACGGACGAGAGAUCUGCGCUUCCACGCUGGAUGGGUACCUGGCAUUCUUUGAUCCGCUCGAAGGCAAGCAGACAGGCGUGGUCGAGUGCCGUCGCGACAUUGCAGGUGGACGCAAAGUUAACGACAAGAUCGCACGUCGCAACACGGCAAGUGGAGCCUGCUUCACCACCGUCACGUACAGCGCCGACGGCGCGUGCAUUCUCGCAGGUGGCAACGCCAACUACGUUUGCCUCUACGACGUCAGAGAGCGUGUGCUGCUCAAGCGAUGGGAACUCACCAAGAACUUGGCGCUCGACGGAACGCAGGACAAGCUCGACAGCCGACGUGUCACAGCCGCCGGUGCGAUCGACCUAGUGGACGAUCGCGAAGACGAAGCCGAUCUGCUGCCGACGGAGCGAGUCGAUCAGUCGCUGCCAGGAGCUCAGCGCGGCGAUGCGACCAAGCGGACGACGCGCGCCAUCUCGCGAGCCAAGUGCGUGCGCUUUGCGCCCACAGGUCGAUCGUGGGCGGCUGCGUCCACGUCCGGUCUGCUCAUCUACAGUCUCGACGAGCAGGCCGCCUUCGACCCGCUGGAUCUGGACAUGGAUCUGACGCCCCAGGCGGUGCGCGAAGCUUCGGCGCGCGGCGAGCAUCUAUUGGCGGUGGUGGGAGCGUGCCGGUUGGGAGAGAAGCCGCUGAUGGCCGAGGUGUACGAGCGAACCUCGGCAGCGGAUAUCAUGCUGGUCUCGCAGCAGCUGCCUCUGCUACAUCUGCCAACGGUGCUGCGCCUGAUUGCCGAGCGUCUGCAGCCUAGCAGUGGAAGUCCGCACGUCGAGUUCCACCUGCGUUGGAUCGCGGCCAUCUUUUCGGUGAGGGGAGCCGAGAUCAAGGCCAAGGCGUCCACCGUGUAUGCGCCCGUGUUGAGGGCGGUUCAGGUGGCGCUCAACGAGCUUCGAGCCAAUGUCAAGCGCGUGAGCGACGAGAACUUGUACUCGCUGCUGUACGUUUGGAAUGGCGUUGCCAAAGGGGAGAAGAGCAGCGUUUCUCACACCGCCAAUGGAGCGGCUAGCCUUGGCGAACUGAUGGAGGUUGAGGCACUCUAA